AUGAAUGCCGUAAUCUCCGAAUGGGACAAGAAUAGUCUCUCUUUUGUGGCCGUCUUCGCGGCUGCCUCCUGCUUGACUUACCUUGUCUUGGUGCCGCUCGCAACGGCAAUAUAUGGGACCAGCAAUGACUCCAAAUCUAGUAGAAUCGGAAUAGAUUCCGCUGAGAAAGGUGUGCCACUGCGACAAGACGACCUGUCGGAUACAGAACUGUUUGAACUCGAAAAGAGGGCCUUCUUCUCGAAGACAUGGCUGUAUGCCUGCCAUCAGAGUCGCUUUGAGAGACCAGGCGAUUACUUCACCUUUGAUAUCGCAGGGAUAUCGUUCUUUCUCGUGCUGGGAAAGGACCACAAGAUUCGAGCAUUUCAUAACGUUUGUCGCCAUCGUGCAUACACUGUCGUCCGAAAAGCCUGCGGAACGACCACGAGGUUUGCGUGUCGGUACCACGGUUGGCAAUAUGAUGACCGCGGCAAGUUGCUUAAGGCUCCCAAGUUCGACGAACAACCGGGCUUUGUGCCUGAGGAGAAUGGCCUCUGGGAAAUCAAGCUAGUCCAGACACGCGAGGGCCUGCUGUUCGUCAAUUUUGAUGGAAACACAAUGGACUUACCCUUCAACGACGUUGCGUCACGAGUGAAGUUGGCUGAUCUGACGUGGCUCGAUGGCUUCAGCCUGGAGACCGAAACAAAUUGGAAGCAAAUAGCCAAUGUUUUCACAGAAAUGGCUCGGAAGUCUCGAAGGUCGUUCGGCUGGCCGAUCAAACGGCGUCAGGCAAGACCCGUCGAGCUUCUUGGGCCUUUGAGUAUUGCGUUCGAGCUUGAGAGCUCGGUCUGGGGCACAGUGACGAUGCUUCCAACGUCGACACUCGCAUCCACUCUUCGACUAGAUCUGUUUGCGAAGGACGGCAGACAGCCAUCCAAGGCGACGAUCGACCGCUUGCGAUGGAACCUCGAACAGGACAUGACAGCUGUAGAUCAGAGUGCCAGUGCAAGCCAUGAGUCCAGGGCGCCGUUCGUGUAUGAAUGUGGCGGUAAAUGGAUCGAUCUCACGGCUAUUCUCGCUCAGCACCAGCGCUCAGAAAGGCAGGCCCAACGGAAGCUGCAGCCUGCUAUCAGAAUCACUGGCUUCGACUUCGCGGACACUGAUGCGGCAGAUCUUUGUGAAGCUGUUGACGCUCUGGCGAGUACCCAAGAGGAGGUGUCGCUCCCGUGCACGAGAGUGCCAUCAUUUUCGAGACGGCUCGAUUGGUGA